AUGAGCAACAACGUCUUCGAGACGCCGGCGCUCAGCACCCAGUCGUCGGUGGAUGACUUCUCACAGAAUGCAAGCGGUACACAGACACCACGGAGCACAAGAGCGUCGCAGAGGCUCGGGCGACACAAGUCGUCGUUCAUCAUGGAGUCGCUUCCUCCUCCAUCACCAUCAUGGACACCUGCACCGUCAAUCGGACCCAUGAGCGGUACCACCACAGCGCGCACAUCGCGACGAAACUCCUUCACCUCUAUGCACUCCAUUGCGAGUCAUGGCAUCAUGGAAGAGAUCAAGCACGAGGCUAUGGUCAACUUCCUCUUCCAACAGCAGUGCAAGAAGCUGUGGAUUAGCAACGGCACUGGCAGCGUUGAAGGCGUACUUGUCCGUAAAUCGCGAGGCAACUACGCAGCCUGCCCACCUUCGUUGGCCGAGUCUGCGCUUGGCUACUACGCAUCGCUCAUCAACCUUCCAGUCGUCAUCACAGUCAACUCUCGUGUGAUUCAGACCUUCGUUCAGUACACACCUGAUGCGACCGAUGUCCCUCUCGGCAAGGGUCUCCACAUCCAGAUCCUCCCUUCCAUCGAUGACCUCCCCAAGGCUCGUAAGAACCAGGGUGCUGCUUUCCUUGCGUCCGAGCAACUGCUCCUUGUCUGGGACGAUGACCCAAACGCCAUCUUCGCUCGCGCUGUACACAUCGAGGACGAGCUGAUGAAGCUUGUCUGGAGGGCUGGUGAGCCUGAGCAGGAGGAAGACUCAAACGAGAAAAAGGGCCCUGCCGUGGUCGAGACUGAGAUUGACGAGGAGACUGGCGAGUACAAGCCCGAGAACCGUCCCACAAACAUCAUGAACGGUGUGUUGGUUGGAUGCACUCUGGUCAUCAUCACCGUGAUGUUGGGUCUGGGAUUCAAACAGAUUGCCGUCCAGGUCAUGGUCGACCACAACUACGUCCGCAUCGCUUUCUUGAUCUUGAUCCCCGUCCAGAUCUUCUUCACUCUCUUCUUCGCACAGGUCAUUGUCGGUUGUAUCGCCCAGAUGAUCGGACCCAUUCGCCAGAUGAAGAGCAACUCCAGGUACUACUCUGCGCUCCUUCCCCGUCGCAUUACCGGCAAGCUUCCCCACAUCACCGUCCAGUGCCCUGUUUACAAGGAGGGUCUCCACUCCGUUAUUGCGCCCACCGUCAAGUCGCUCAAGGCUGCCAUGGCUACCUACGAGCUCCAGGGUGGUUCUGCCAACAUCUUCAUCAACGACGACGGUCUUCAAAUCAUCGACGAGGAGGAGCGCCAGGCACGUAUCGAGUUCUACCAGGACCACAGCAUUGGCUGGACUGCCCGACCCAAGCACGGCGAGGAUGGAUUCGUCCGCAAGGGAAAGUUCAAGAAGGCGUCUAACAUGAACUUUGGUCUCAUGCUUAGCAACAAUGUCGAAGAGAGGCUCCUCUCCGUUUCGCGUGAUGAGUCUUGGACCCAGGACGACGAGGCCAAGGAGUACGAACACUGCCUCAAGGAAGUUGUUGAGGAACACGGCCGCGCCUGGGCUGAUGGCAACAUCCGUAUCGGUGACUACAUCAUCCUGAUCGAUUCUGAUACCCGUGUGCCAGUCGACUGCUUCCUCGACGCUGCCUCCGAAAUGGAGCAGUCUCCUGAAGUUGGUAUCAUGCAAUUCUCUUCCGGUGUCAUGCAGGUUGUCCACAACUACUUCGAGAACGGUAUCACUUUCUUCACCAACAUGGUCUACACUGCUAUUCGUUACACUGUCGCCAACGGUGACGUUGCUCCUUUCGUCGGCCACAACGCUAUUCUCCGCUGGUCUGCCGUUCAGCAGGUCUCGUACUUUGACGAGGACAACUACGAGAAGUUCUGGUCAGAGUCCCACGUCUCCGAGGAUUUCGACAUGUCUCUGCGUCUCCAGGUCAACGGCUACAUCAUCCGUCUCGCAGCGUGGGCCGGCGAUGGUUUCAAGGAGGGUGUCUCCCUUACCGUCUACGACGAGCUUGCCCGUUGGGAGAAGUACGCCUACGGCUGCAACGAGCUUUUGUUCAACCCCAUGCGCUUCUGGAUCACUCGUGGACCCUUUACUCCUCUUUUCCGCAGCUUCUUGUUCUCCAACAUUCGCUUCACCUCCAAGGUCACCAUCAUCUCGUACAUUGGAACCUACUACGCCAUUGGCGCUGCCUGGAUCAUGACAGUGGCCAACUACUUCGCUGUCGGGUGGUUCAACGGUUACCUCGACAAGUACUACCUCGACUCGUGGAAGGUGUGGUUCUCGAUUGUCAUUGUCUUCACUGGUCUCGGUAACUUGUCGCUCGCUAUCAUGCGCUACCGCAUUGGUGACAAGGGCUUCUUUGCCUCGCUCUUCGAGAACAUCAAGUGGAUCCUCAUGAUGGCUACCUUCCUCGGUGGUCUCUCCCUGCACGUCUCCUCGGCCCUUCUCGCUCACAUGUUCGAGUACAACAUGCAGUGGGGCGCCACGUCCAAGGAAGCCGAGUUCUCCAACUUCUUCAUCGAAGUACCCAAGGUCCUCAAGAGCUUCAAGUACUCUAUUGCCUUCGGUCUGUUUGGUAUUGCUGGCAUGGUUGUUCUUGCCGUCGGCCCCUUCAUUCCCUACGGCUGGCAGAUCACCGAUUUCGUUGCCAUCCUUCCCAUGGCCAUGGUCUGCGGAUCGCACUUGCUGUUGCCGAUUGCGCUCAACCCUGCGCUCAUGACAUUCACUUUUUAA